UCGAGCCUCUGGCGUCAUGGCGGCCUCGGGUCUUCCGCCGCUGCCCCCGCAGUUCAAGGCUGUUCAGCACUUUCUGAGAACCGCGCAGGAGCUGGACAAGCGGGAGCCGGUGGUGGCCUAUUACUGCCGUUUAUAUGCUAUGCAGUCGGGUAUGAAGAUUGAUAGUAAAACCCCAGAGUGUCGCAAAUUUUUAUGCAAGCUCAUGGAUCAACUUGAAGCUAUGAAGAAGCAGUUGGGUGAUAAUGAAGCUAUUACUCAAGAAAUAGUUGGCUGUGCUCAUGUGGAAAAUUAUGCAUUGAAAAUGUUUCUCUAUGCAGAUAAUGAAGAUCGAGCUGGGCAAUUUCACAAAAAUAUGAUUAAGUCUUUUUAUACUGCAAGUCUUCUGAUAGAUGUCCUGACUGUAUUUGGAGAACUAACAGAUGAAAAUGUUCAACACAGAAAAUAUGCCAGGUGGAAGGCGACAUACAUUCAUAAUUGUCUAAAAAAUGGGGAAACGCCACAAUCUGGACCUAUUGGAAUGGAAGAGGAGUACUAUGAUGAAAAUGAAGAAGUUGGCUCCCCUGCUCUGCCUGGCCAAGAAUCUCAGGCAUCAUCAUCUACCUAUGAGCCAAGCAAUGAGCCCACAAGCAAUUACACUGGCAUACAUAUCCCACCAGGAGCUCAUGCUCCAGCUAACACUCCCGCAGAAGUUCCUCACACCACGGGUGUGACAAGCACGUCAAUUCAACCCACUCCUCAAAAUGUCCCCAUCGUAGAUCCUUCACUUUAUAAUGUUCAACCUGCAGGGGAAAUUCGUUUGACUGCUGAAGAUUUUGCCAGGGCUCAGAAAUAUUGCAAAUAUGCUGGCAGUGCUUUGCAAUAUGAAGAUGUGAGUACUGCGGUUCAGAAUCUACAGAAAGCUCUCAAGUUACUGACUACAGGCAAAGAAUGAUGCCUUUGUCCAGCAGAUUCAUGACUAGCACCUAAAGAACUAACAGUCCAUUACUCCUAUCUCAACCUUUCAGGGAAACACAGUUGCACAAAAA